UGUGCUCUGGGAUGUGAUUUUAAUCGUAGUAUUAUUUAAACGGUUCUGCCUGCAGUGACGUCAUUAGGUUUACCGUACUACCGGGCUGACUAAAGACUAGUGUAGCUACGCACGUUCAGCUGACAGCACGCGCGCGAUAUAUAUAUAGUUAUCAAUCCAAUUUAUUUCAUUAUCCUCAAUGGGACAAUCAGUGUGGUCGUAACAAUGUUAAACCAAAAUUUAGUUUAAACAUAUCCAAUUACGUUUAGUGAGAAUAUCGUGAAUUGUCACAAUAUGAUUAACAUAUCAUACUAAAGGCUUUAUUUCAUCGAAGAGCCCAUGUUGUGUGCUUAUUGGAGAUACUAUUACUAAAAUGGGUAUAUCUUACACGGACGAUCGAUAACACGUGUUUCUGAUAAAGAUGCGAUAAGGAAACUGAUAUUUGAAGUAUCCAAAAGUCUCUCUUUGUAGAUCAUUUCUCUGAUUUGAAAAAAAUAAGCUGAAUUAGUUUGGCAGUUGGUCGAUCGGAUAGCAUGGUUUGACGCGAACGAAAAUAAGUGCUUAUUUUGAAACGUCUCGUGAAAUGUUUACUUCGGCAAACCAUCUUAACCUGUCAACUGUCGUGAAACGGAUCGGAAUAACUUGCCUUAAAUCCCAUCGCCGAUUCAUGCUUGGAUGCGCAUGGCGGCGUACCGAGCUUUGGUAGCUAUUUAGUCCUAAUGAUCUAAUAUUUUGAUAGUUCGUUGCUAACGAGUUAGGCGAUCUUGUCAUUUAGGGGCUCAACGGCAUAUUAAUAUAGAAGGAGCUAGAGGAUACAGCAGAGGAUCUAGCUGUCAUUACACACAGACAUUAAGCUUGUUCUAUAAGACACCAGCGGACACACAGGUCUCCACUUUGCUAAAGGUCAUCGACAUGUCAUUUCGACAAGGAGAGUACACUUCAUCAUAUUCGAUGAAAAGGAAUCUAUGUUCUCGAUACUAGAGGAAUUGUACUAAUGGAACAGUGAUUGUGAACGGAUUGAGUGACUGAUCAACAGCUAUAGAAAGCUACAGCAAUGGGACACCCACAGUUUGCAGCGAUAUGUAUACAGGCCAUACUGACAGUUCUGUCCGCCAUUGAACACUCAACACAGACGGCACUGUAUCCGGUGUUCGAUACCUCCCCCGUCAAUAUCACCACGACAGCCGGACAGACUGCUAAACUACCGUGUGAGGUCUUCUACCGGGGCGCCCAUAAGGUGGUGUGGAUGAACCCCCAGAAAACAGUGCUAUCACGACUUGAUCAACGUAUCAUUGAUGACAUGCGCAUUAGUGUAGAAAGACAUUUUGAACGUGAAUGGAAUCUCCAUAUAAGGAGUGUAGGUUACGAGGAUAGAGGUGAAUACACGUGCAGUAUUAAUACGGAACCCGUUCAGGAAAAGCACGUGUUUCUGGAGGUGCAAGUGCCUACAAAGAUAAUUGACGAAUGGUCAAGUCGAGACAUGACGGUCAGUGAGGGGGACACGGUUGAGCUGAUCUGUAACGCUACCGGUGUCCCUCCCCCUACGAUCUUAUGGUACAAACAGACCCAGUACUACGACUCGGCUGAGAAGAAAGCCAUUGUGGAGCCCGGAGAGAUUUUGGUGAUACACAACGUGUCACGGUUUUGUGACGGCACGUUCGAGUGCGUCGCCUACAACGAUGUGGGUCAUUCUGUGUCCCGGGAAAUCAACGUCGCCGUCGUCUUCCCACCGGAAGUUAUGCUGCGUGUUAAUCGAAUGGGCCAGUUUUUAGGAAAGGAAACAAUUCUUGAAUGUAUCAUAAGUGCGUCGCCAAUGACAACGAGUAUGUGGCUUCGGAACGGUAAAGAACUGCAAAACAGGUCCGGGAAGUUCAGAAUGGAAGUUUACAAUGAAGGCCCCCACACCGUGACCCUUAACCUCCAUAUCAUUAAUAUACAGCCAAACGACUAUGGGAUCUACAGUUGUUACUCUUCAAACGCAUACGGGGAGGAUGUGGAGGAGAUGAUCUUAUAUGAGUAUCCUCGUCAAUCACCUUCCCGGCCACGUGAUAUCGCCACUCCAACCACGCGCAGAUCAGUGUUUCCCGCCUUCCCGGACGCCACACACCGUCGACCCCGGGGGUAUGCUCCUCAGUGGAAGUAAUGUCCUCAGUGCUCCUAUUUCAGAAUCUUCCGGGACACCUCUUACGUAUUCUACGGCCAUUCGGAUAACGUGCUUGCUUGUGACACUAGUUCUCAUUAACACCACGCCUCUUUAAUACAUUAUAUCAUCGAGAGUUAUCUACCCUUACGCCAUUUUGUGCCAUUGGUUGUCGUUGUAUUAUGACAACUCUUUCAACACUAAUAAAUUAUCAUUUCGAGACAGUGACGGCUCGAAGAACGAAAUCAGACUACCGGAUUGAGCUGUCAUCUCAGUAGAUAUUCCUAACAGAGAAAGUGAAAGUAGGAAUAUAUAUUGGAUAGCCAUAGACUUCUGUAAUCUAAAUAAACAAUGAUGGACAGAAAAUCAACAAGGAAAGCUGGAAUAAGAAAGGAUUGCAUUUGAAUUCGUUUCGUCGUGUGCUUCAUUUUAUGUAAGUUGGUGUCAGAAGAAUCUAAUUCCAGAGUCGGAAGGACUUAUUUGACAAGGUGGAAUAGAAAACGUGUACCUGUUAUGGAAUAUGUAUUCAUCUUAUACUAAAAUCAACACUCAUAAAUUAUCAUUUCGAGUUAGUAAAUGCUCGAAGAACGCAAAUGGACUAAAUGAGAAAAUCGCUGCAGGAGUUUACAGACAAGGAAAGUAACGACUAUGAUUUGAUAAUUACACCACACCAAUUUUAGGAAAGGAAAACGUGGUUGAACGGUUCUGAUGGCGAUUAACGCAUAAUGUAACUAUGAAUAUCAUUUCCUGUCGGGAAAGCUUGCAUCAUUCUACCGCAAUGUGUGCCCAAAGGGAAACACCUUAAUACUGGGUGUAUAACUGUGUUGUUAUCCGAUACACUGAUAGACCUUUUUUGUUUACCGAUUUGUCUGUACCUUUUUAUAAACAAACAAAACCCUGCACAUUGACAGUGUGUUUCUGAUGAGAAUUCAAUCUUUAAUGUAAGUUUUGCGAUACAUCAAUUAUUGAUUUGUUCUUUUAAUAGUUUUUAAAAUGGAAGAGAAAAAAAUUGUCAUCAUUAAUUUGCAUAACUAAGAAAAAUAUAAUCCUUUUUAUUAUAUCUGAAACUUAAAAACCUGGACUCAAUACGCGAUUCAUUAACCAGAAAGACUCUUUAAUCUGAACAACGAGUUUAAGCUAACGAGUUUCCACUUUCGACAUAUUACCUUUUCAUUUCAAAAUGUUUUAUUCAAUCAAACAUUUGAAUUAAGCUACAUACAAUAUUUCAUAAUAGAGAUAGAAUUUAGAUAUAAAAAUGGAUUGGACAACAGGCUAAGCCUAUACAGGUCCUUUCCGAGACAUAUUAAUAUAUUUGGAUAUGGAUGAGCCUGAACGUCACGCUUCAUCAACCUUACACAUUAAUGUGACAUUUAUUGAAUCCUCUUUUAUUCUUAGUAUUCUGCAUUCUGUUUAAUUUUAAUUUUUGAUUUUUAUUGUAUUGUGAAGGAUAAUUUUGAAAUCUAAAUCUGGCCACUUCGACAUAUUUGAAACAUCAUCGGUGUCCUAUAUUUAGAAACAGUAGUUUGUUGAUCACAUGACAUCACACAGAUGUGACGUGACGACGUGCACUGUAACCCGGCUACGGCCAUAGGGGCUUGGCAACAAAACACGAUCCAUACUUUGAAUUUUAUGACGCAUUGUAUAUACCGUGGGGUGGAAAUUUGUAUCAUGUCCCUGUGUCAACUGUGAUACUCACCAAAACAUCGUCAAUGUUGAAUGGUGUCAGUUAAAUGGAUUUCCUAAUGCUAACUACAAUAUAUACGGAAAGUGGGUUGUAUUUCGGGUCUAAGAUCUUCAUUUAAAUUUGUUGUUUAAAGUAUAGAAUUUCUCGCCUUUUAAGCAACGGUUUCUGUCCUUUAUGUAUCGUUUUGAUUUGAUUAAAAAUAUGUUUUAGAAUGAAGAAAAUUCUGUGUUACGGUAAUUAUCGAGAGCUCCAUUAUUUCAUUAAUCAAGAUUAUAUAAUAGCAAUUUAGAGGUGAAUUCAUAUAUUGUAUAUAAUGUAAGAUGUUGUUGAAUAUUAUGGCUUUUCGUUUCAAUACAUGUGGGAGUAACACGUGUCCUAACAGAAGGAUAUGUAUGUAUAUAUUGUGUACAGAGGGAGCGAGAGUGUUUGUAUGAUAUAUGCAAGUUUGUUGUUUGAUUUGUGUGAAAUUUUCAUAUUUAAAAUUGUGAAUUUCAGAAUAAAAUUCCAGAAUAAAGAAAAUAUAUUCCUUAUUGUUGAUACCGAAUGCGCGUGAGAAACAUGUGUGCGCGUGAAAAGUGUUGCUAAAUAUUGAUUAGUUGAAAGUAAACAAUGUUGAUUUUUCUCAUAAGUUCACUUCCAGUUUUUCUCGACAUCACAAUAUACUAUUCUCAAAUAUCAUCGAAUAAAUGCUACCGUAUUAUUUGCGGUCUUCAUCGCAUUUGCGUAUAUACCACAAGUAUAUUAAAUGUAAAGGAUUCGCAAAGUUCAAAGCGCAUCUACGACUAUGAAUGAUUGAACAUCUGCUUUUGUGUGAUCGCUUCGUUAAUAAGAAACUAUUAUCAACGUGUUUCAUAAACAUUAACAAUCAUUUAUUCAUUUUGUUUCUGUUUCCUCGUUGAGUAAUUUAACAAAUUCUUGAGUGUACAAAAUGUAUUUGUGAGAGUAUUGAAUGAUAUUGUUUGUUAUUAUGUAUUAAAAUAUCAUCAACAUUGAAAUAGCACCAAGAAGAAAUCUCUAUUUAUUGUUUACAAAAGCAGUUUAAGAAGCGAAGAAGAAAACCCAAGGGAGGAAAAAUAAAAAACAAAAAUAUGCAUUUAAGCAUCAAAUGUCUA